UUCCUUUCCUCCAUCUUGAGCGAGAAUGAAGACCAUUCUCAGCAACCAGGUUGUUGACAUUCCUGACAGCGUUGAUGUGACUUUGAAGGGCCGAACAGUCAUUGUAAAGGGGCCUCGAGGGAUGUUGCGCAGAGAAUUUAAUCACAUUAACCUAGAACUCAGUCUUCUUGGUGUGAAGAAAAAGAAGCUUCGAGUUGACAAAUGGUGGGGUAACAGAAAAGAGCUGGCCACAGUGCGGACAAUCUGUAGUCAUGUACAGAAUAUGAUCAAGGGGGUCACAUUAGGCUUCCGUUACAAGAUGAGAUCAGUCUAUGCUCACUUCCCCAUUAAUGUGGUUGUUCAGGAUUCCGGAUCUCUAGUAGAAAUCCGUAACUUCCUUGGAGAGAAGUAUAUUCGUAGAGUCCGUAUGAAGCCAGGUGUUUCAUGUAUAGUUUCCCAGGCCCAGAAAGAUGAGCUUGUUCUUGAGGGAAACGACAUUGAGUUGGUGUCAAACUCUGCUGCUCUUAUUCAACAAGCAACAACAGUGAAAAAGAAGGAUAUUCGUAAGUUCUUGGAUGGCAUCUAUGUGAGCGAAAAGACCACUGUUGUUCCACAGCUCAGUGAUUAACGCUCAGCUCUUUGUGAUGCUCAGCACUCAGAUUAUAACUUUAGAAUAAAUUUUAUGGACUGAA